ACGGCCGUAGUGUAUGUCUGUGGUUUCCCAUCAUGCAUUGUAGGUUUACCAACAAGAUGGCGGCAGAUGUGGUAGUGUAGCGGAAAUGUCGCUAAGUUGUCGAUCCUCUUGUAGCUAUGGCAUGCAAAUCUAUACUUAUUUUCCAUCUUGUAUAUAUACUGUCAAGACAUGAGGGUGUUGCAGGCCAUAGUGGUCCGAAAAAUCCGAAAGCAACCGUGAUUUUACUGUCUUUUGACGGCUUCCGGUGGGAUUACAUGGAGAAAACCGCCACGCCAAAUCUGGACUUUAUCGCUAAAACCGGAGUACGGGCUAAAUACGUGAAAAGCAUUUUCCCGACUCAGACAUUCCCUAACCACUUCACUAUUGUGACAGGUCUGUAUGCUGAGAGUCAUGGAAUCGUGGCUAACACAAUGUACGAUCCCGAGUUGAAAUCAUGGUUCUUUAUGAAUAACACAGAGACAAAAUGGUGGGACGGCGGUGAACCAGUUUGGGUGACGAAUCAACACCAGGGGGGUACAAGUGCUGUGGUCUUCUGGCCAGGCUCCGAGACAGUUAUUCGUGGAGUACAGCCCACGUAUUUCAUGAAAUAUGAUGAGAGGGUCACUUAUCAAAGUCGCGUUGACCGCCUCAUGAAGGCGCUUGACAUCAGAAAACCUGCUACAUUUCUUGCAGCUUACUUCGAGGAACCGGAUCAUUCUGGUCAUAUGUAUGGGCCUGAAUCAGAAGAGGUCGUCAUAGCAAUAAGAAAGGUCGACGCCAUCACUGGUUACUUAGUAAAGCAACUACAGAAAAGACAUCUUUUAGAGAAGGUCAAUAUAAUUAUCACCAGUGACCAUGGGAUGUCCAGUAUCUCCUCAAAUAAACUUGUAUUUCUUGAGGACUAUAUUCCGCCCCAGUCCUACAAAUGGAUAAAUGUAUUGCAGUGGGGUGCUUUUGCUCAGAUUCUUCCAAUGAAAGGAUGGUCAAACCAGAUAUUACUUGUUCUCAAAGAUGUUGAUCAUCUCAAUGUAUAUAAAAAAUCUAGUAUCCCCAAGCAAUACCACUACACUAAAAAUAGGCGAAUCGCUCCAAUUAUUAUUAUUGCAGAUGAAGGCUGGAGUGUUGUGAAAAAUAGAACAGUAGAUUUUAAAGGUAUGGGAAAUCAUGGUUAUAGUAACAAAUACCAAUCUAUGGGGGCCUUUUUUGUUGCUCGUGGGCCUUACUUUAAAAGAAACUAUAUUUCUAAGCCACUCAAUAAUGUUGAUAUCUACCCUUUGGUGUGUGAUAUUUUACAGAUAAAGGCAGCGCCUAAUAAUGGCUCUCUACAUAGAAUUAAGAGUUUGCUUCAUUUGAAUGAAGACUCUGGGACAACCUCAAAUUACACUGUUCUCGUUCUUAUAGUCAUAGUUAGCUUUUUAGUCUUUGUUAUCAUGGGCUGCGGGAUUGUGUCACUCUGCAGGGUUCGGAUGGGCAGAAUGAGAAGAUAUGGUCAGUUUUAUGACUUAGGAACAGAUUUUGAUUUAUAGUUGUACAAUAUGUUCAAUCAUAUACCUUGAAAACAGAGAACAUUUUCUUUUUAAAAGAUGAAAUAAUAUGUAUGCAUAGGUAUUGCCAGAAUUGUUUUAUCCUUUUUUAAUGGAACUCAAUCUACAAUCAAGUUCUGAAAAUUUCAUUAGCGGGGCAGUUUUCCUCUUGUCUUUUAAUUUAUUGUCAAAAAAUACAAUGACAUACAAGUAGAUAAGUCUUGAAAUACAUAUAAAAUAAGAUAUGGGGGAAAGUGGGAAUACAAUUACUCUGUGUAUAAA